AUGCCACCGCUCAUGCUGCUCAUCUGCAACAACCACAUCAGUUUUAUCAACACCACCAGCUUCAUUGUAGCCAAAAUUGAUGACUACGUCAAACUAAACAAAACCGUAUGUCGCAACCGCAAACUCUUCUUCGUUGUGGCCUACGAUACAUCGUCGUUUGAUAAGAGCGGCGAUACCAUUAUUGCUACACUGCGUCUCAGUUCGGCUCCGAGAAUGCGUUUGAAUCCUGACUAUUCCGCAGAUGCACCCGUGUAUGAGGUUCCGGAAAAGGAGAAGCCUAAGUAUCUAUGCAAUACAGAGCUGGGGAUGUAUGUAGAGAGACUCGGAGACGUCGUCACAUACGAUGGUCCAGACGCUCCGGAUGAUCGAAAUCAAUCACGGUGCCGGCUUAUCUUCCUUGUAACAGUCGGACCGCACGGUGAUCAGGUUUGGAUCGACAUACUGCAAAACAGGAGGUUUCGAAGUCUUGUUUACGGCAAUUUGUUACUAAUUUCUUACUACGCUGAGCAUUUCGCUAGGGAUGUCGACGAUAAGUACAACAUGCAUCGAAUCUUGGCUCAUGAAAUCCCGCACCCAAAUUAUGCACCAACCAGGUAA